AUGAGUACAACUUUUUUAUACGAAAUUAUUGACAGUAAUGAAGAAGAACGAAACAACCGCAACACUUAUCUAAUUGAUGAAAAAUGCUUUAGUCAAGGAACCGAUGGUAACAAAGGUAAUUACGAUUAUGGUGACAAAAUUAAUGGUAAUAAAAGAGAAUCGUAUGGUAAUGAUAUAAAUGACGAUGAACGAGCAAAAUUAUUGAGAAAUAACCAAAUCCAGUGGAUGAAACAAACUAAAAACACCAUCAGCUGUCGGUUCAUUGAAAUUUUUAUUCUGUUUCUCAGCACCUUGCGCGUAAUAUCAGCUUGCCCAGAUGUCGUUACUUCGAUAUGCCGUUGUGAUGACUCACAAAACGGAAUUGUCUUGAAGUGCUCCAAUACUGAUGGAGCUCAUAUUGUUCAAACAUUAAAAGCUAAUCAGAUCAACCUGGGUUUGAUUCAGCAACUGGAAAUGCAAAAUUCCGGACUAAAGCAGAUUCCUGCUGGAUUUUUCUCAGGACUCUUUAUCAAAAAAUUGGACUUGUCACAUAACAAUAUUGCAGAAGUAGAUGAAAAUGGAUUUCUUGGAAUGAGUAGUGUUUUACAAGAACUUAUACUUCAUCAUAACAAUUUGACAAAACUACCAGCUAAAGCGUUGAUACCACUAUCAGCCCUCCUACGUAUUGAUCUGUCUAAUAAUUCCAUUGGUGAUAUUGAAGCAGAACAUGCUUUACCGCCGAUAUCAAAGCUAUACGAUGUCAGUUUAGCAAAUAAUCGCAUUUGUCAAGUACAUAAAAACGCUUUUGAUGAUGUUAAAUAUAGUUUGCAAACCAUAAAUCUUGGAAGGAAUUGCUUAAAAGAAGUGCCAGCAGCAGCAAUUCGGGGAUUUAAACAGUUGAUGGCACUACACUUACACAAUAAUAACAUUACCUCAUUGGGAGCUCUGUCAUUUAUGAAUUUGCCACAAAUGAAUUUGUUGAAUCUAGCAUCAAACCAUAUUACAACCAUCCAUAAGCAAACAUUUCUCAAUGUUCCAAACUUGAAAUAUUUAUACUUGACCCGAAAUCGAAUAACUAAUAUUUCACCACACCAGUUCAGCUCAUUUGAACAACUCGAAAUGCUUGAUCUCACAGGGAAUUACUUGAAUGAAUUACAGCAAGAUUCUUUUUCAAAUUUGCAAAGUCUGCGACAGCUAUAUCUGGGCGAAAAUCAAAUUGCAAACAUAGAAAAACAGAGCUUCACUAACAGCUCAGUAGUUAUACUGAUUCUGAAUUCAAAUCGCCUAGUGACUCUUGAAGAAGGAAUGUUUGAUGGAUUAGUUAAACUACAACAAUUAGGGUUGAAGGACAAUCAGAUUCGUACGAUCGAUCAGAAUAGUUUCUAUUCCAACCCAAGUUUAGCAAUGAUUGAUCUGAGCGGUAAUGAACUGAUGGAUAUACCGCCUACAACAUUUUUGGCUCAAAUUAAUCUGUUUCUUAUUGAUCUCAGUUCCAAUAAAUUGUUGCGUACACCGUAUGGAGCAUUUAGCCGACGUGUAAAAACAGUUCUUUUGCAGGAGAAUCCUUUGGUGUGUUCCGAACGAGUGCAUAUGCUGCAGCAAGGUGUGGGGAUAUAUAUAGCGAAUAGCAAAGAUGCCAUUUGUGGAACAAAAAAGGAUUAUGAAAACAGCACUGAAAAUGAUUUUGAUGGCAGUAAUACAUCAUCUUAUUUUACUAUUGAAAACAUACAAGAAACUAAAAUUAAAGCGGAGGAAAAGCAGUCAGCAUAUGAAACUUCUUCUACAUCAUCAUCUAAAAUUGCUCCAAUUAUUCGUCCAAUUCCCAUUAUCAAUGACAAAGUGAGUAUACGAGAAGGCCAAACUGAAGAAGAAACUAUUAAUGAUGAGCUGAUUCCUAUACGACCUAUUCACGUAACUGCUAAUGAACAAUCUCUGCCUUCUUUACCAUUACCAAUAAUACCCAAUGCUGUGACAGCACCAGAAAGCGGAUCAAGAAUGAUUUCUUCUAAAUAUGAAACCCAUAACUACGGUACAGGAAGAAAUGAUAAUUAUAAACUGUUGGACAAUCUGGGUUUACGAAACAGGAGUAGACCUGAAGAAAGUGAUAACCAUUCAUUUCACACCAACAACAACAAGAUAUAUCCUUUUCCUGUACCGUUCUUAAAACGUCCCUUAAAACCUUCAAGAGCUUUCGUAGCUCGAUUCAGUAGUACACCAUUUAGUACGGAUCAAACAACUACGAACAUUAAUAAAGGAUAUAGCGAGCAAACACUGCCACCCAGUAUUGUUGUUGCUGACCAUGUACACGAAUCUGAUCAAGACACUUUAACUUUAAGAAAUAAUUACAAUGAAAAAGUUUCCAUUGAAAAUGCAAAGGAUGUACAGGCAAAUGAAGGCGAGAUAAUUUUUGACUUGGAUAAUACGGAAAGACUUGAACGUGUUGCGGCUCCAUCAGUAAUUAUCCUAAUAUGUCUAAGUACAGUGGCUAUAGUUAUGGCUGCUGUACUGAUUGGUUUAUGUAUUGCAAAACACCGACGUCUGCAGACUUUUCGCGAUUCUAUGACAACUGAUAACGCCGUUGCUGCACGCACGAAUGCUUACGUGGCUGCACAACUUGAUAUGAUCAAUGGAACGGUACAACGAAAUAGGAAUAUAUCAGUGGCCAGUCGAUUAGAUGACACUCAGCCGUGGAUUUAUGCACCAGCUUCCUAUGCAACUAGUGGAUACUAUAAAUAA